GGAGCCCCGCCCCCUCCACCCUAAUUGAUAUUAUUGGAGUGUGGAGCAAGCGGCCGGUCUGCAGUCGGAGACUUGCAGGCAGCAAACACGGUGCGAACGAACAGGAGGGGGAAAAAAUAAAAAAGCUAAACGUGGAGCAGCCGGCCGGAGGUCGAGCAGGGGAAUCGAUGCGAAAAGCGCAAUAAAAAAGAACCCACUUCGGAGCAAACAGCAUUUAAAAAGCUACGACUCCACUGAAACCUAAAAUAAAACCUGCUCAUGCACCAUGGUUUUUCAAACUCGGCACCCUUCAUGGAUUAUUUUAUGCUACAUCUGGCUGCUCCGCUUUGCACACACCGGGGAGGCACAGGCUGCAAAGGAAGUACUACUGCUGGAUUCUAAAGCACAACAAACAGAGUUGGAAUGGAUUUCCUCUCCACCCAAUGGGUGGGAAGAGAUCAGUGGUUUGGAUGAGAACUACACCCCGAUCCGAACCUACCAGGUGUGCCAGGUCAUGGAGCCCAACCAAAACAACUGGCUGCGGACUAACUGGAUUUCGAAAGGCAAUGCACAAAGGAUUUUUGUAGAAUUGAAAUUUACCCUGAGGGAUUGUAACAGUCUUCCUGGAGUACUGGGAACUUGCAAGGAAACCUUUAAUUUGUACUAUUAUGAAACAGACUACGACACUGGCAGGAAUAUAAGAGAAAACCUCUAUGUAAAAAUAGACACCAUUGCUGCAGAUGAAAGUUUUACCCAAGGUGACCUUGGUGAAAGAAAGAUGAAGCUUAACACUGAGGUGAGAGAGAUUGGACCUUUGUCCAAAAAGGGAUUCUAUCUUGCCUUUCAGGAUGUAGGGGCUUGCAUAGCUUUGGUUUCUGUCAAAGUAUACUACAAGAAGUGCUGGUCCAUUAUUGAGAAUUUAGCUAUCUUUCCAGAUACAGUGACUGGUUCAGAAUUUUCCUCUUUAGUCGAGGUUCGAGGGACAUGUGUCAGCAGUGCAGAGGAAGAGGCGGAAAACUCCCCCAGGAUGCACUGCAGUGCAGAAGGAGAAUGGUUAGUGCCCAUUGGAAAGUGUAUCUGCAAAGCAGGCUACCAGCAAAAAGGGGACACUUGUGAACCCUGUGGCCGUGGGUUCUACAAAUCUUCCUCUCAAGAUCUUCAGUGCUCUCGUUGUCCAACUCACAGUUUUUCUGAUAAAGAAGGCUCCUCAAGAUGUGAAUGUGAGGAUGGGUAUUACAGGGCUCCAUCUGAUCCACCGUAUGUUGCCUGCACAAGGCCUCCAUCUGCACCACAGAACCUCAUUUUCAACAUCAACCAAACUACAGUGAGUUUGGAAUGGAGUCCUCCUGCAGACAAUGGGGGAAGAAAUGAUGUAACCUACAGAAUAUUGUGUAAGCGGUGCAGUUGGGAGCAGGGAGAAUGUGUUCCCUGUGGGAGUAACAUUGGAUACAUGCCGCAGCAGACUGGAUUAGAGGACAACUAUGUCACUGUCAUGGACCUGCUAGCCCAUGCCAACUAUACUUUUGAAGUGGAAGCUGUAAAUGGAGUUUCUGACUUAAGCCGAUCCCAGAGGCUCUUCGCAGCUGUCAGCAUCACCACUGGCCAAGCAGCUCCCUCGCAAGUGAGCGGAGUGAUGAAGGAGAGGGUGCUGCAGCGGAGUGUCGAGCUUUCCUGGCAGGAACCAGAGCAUCCCAAUGGAGUCAUCACCGAAUAUGAAAUCAAGUAUUACGAGAAAGAUCAAAGGGAACGGACCUAUUCGACAGUAAAAACCAAGUCCACUUCAGCUUCCAUUAAUAACCUGAAGCCAGGAACAGUGUAUGUUUUCCAGAUUCGGGCUUUUACUGCUGCUGGGUAUGGAAAUUACAGUCCCAGACUUGAUGUUGCUACACUAGAGGAAGCUACAGGUAAAAUGUUUGAAGCGACAGCCGUCUCCAGUGAACAGAAUCCUGUUAUUAUCAUUGCCGUGGUCGCAGUAGCAGGGACCAUCAUUUUGGUGUUCAUGGUCUUUGGCUUCAUCAUUGGAAGAAGGCACUGUGGUUAUAGCAAAGCUGACCAAGAAGGGGAUGAAGAGCUUUACUUUCAUUUUAAAUUUCCAGGCACCAAAACCUACAUUGACCCUGAAACCUAUGAGGAUCCAAAUAGAGCUGUCCAUCAAUUCGCCAAGGAGCUAGAUGCCUCCUGUAUUAAAAUUGAGCGUGUGAUUGGUGCAGGAGAAUUUGGAGAAGUCUGCAGUGGUCGUUUGAAACUUCCAGGGAAAAGAGAUGUUGCAGUAGCCAUAAAAACCCUCAAAGUUGGUUACACAGAAAAACAAAGGAGAGACUUUUUAUGUGAAGCAAGCAUCAUGGGGCAGUUUGACCACCCAAAUGUUGUCCAUUUGGAAGGGGUGGUUACAAGAGGGAAACCAGUCAUGAUAGUAAUAGAAUUCAUGGAAAAUGGAGCCCUUGAUGCAUUUCUCAGGAAACACGAUGGGCAAUUUACCGUCAUUCAGUUAGUAGGAAUGCUGAGAGGAAUUGCUGCUGGAAUGAGAUAUUUGGCCGAUAUGGGAUACGUUCACAGGGACCUGGCAGCUCGCAAUAUUCUUGUCAACAGCAAUCUUGUUUGUAAAGUGUCCGAUUUCGGCCUGUCCCGGGUUAUAGAGGAUGAUCCAGAAGCUGUCUAUACAACAACUGGUGGAAAAAUUCCAGUUAGGUGGACAGCACCCGAAGCCAUCCAAUACCGGAAAUUCACAUCAGCCAGUGAUGUAUGGAGCUAUGGAAUAGUCAUGUGGGAAGUUAUGUCUUAUGGAGAAAGACCUUACUGGGACAUGUCAAAUCAAGAUGUUAUAAAAGCAAUAGAAGAAGGUUAUCGUUUACCAGCACCCAUGGACUGCCCAGCUGGUCUUCACCAAUUGAUGCUGGACUGUUGGCAAAAGGAACGUGCAGAAAGGCCAAAGUUUGAACAGAUAGUUGGAAUUCUAGACAAAAUGAUUCGAAACCCAAAUAGUCUGAAAACACCCCUGGGAACUUGUAGUAGGCCGAUAAGUCCUCUUUUGGAUCAAAACACUCCCGACUUCACUACCUUUUGUUCAGUUGGAGAAUGGCUACAAGCUAUUAAGAUGGAAAGGUAUAAAGAUAACUUCACAGCCGCUGGCUACAACUCCCUUGAAUCAGUGGCCAGGAUGACUAUCGAAGAUGUGAUGAGUUUAGGGAUCACACUGGUUGGCCAUCAGAAGAAAAUUAUGAGCAGCGUUCAGACUAUGAGAGCACAAAUGCUACAUUUACACGGAACUGGCAUCCAAGUGUGAUAAGCAUUUCUCCCUUAUCAGGGAGAUUAUGGAUUGAGAGAGAACAGUACUGGCCUUCGGUAUAUGCAUAAGAAUGCUGCUAGAAGACAGUUGAUGUCCUGGGUCCUUCCUACAGUGAAGAGAAGAUUUAAGAAGCACCUAUAGACUUGAACUCCUAAGUGCCACCAGAAUAUAUAAAAAGGGAAUUUAGGAUCCACCACUGGUGGCCAGGAAAACAGCAGUGACAAUAAACAAAGUACUACCUGAAAACAUCCAAACACCUUGAGCUCUCUAACCUCCUUUUUAUCGUAUAGACUUUUUAAAAUGUACAUAAAGAAUUUAAGAAAGAAUAUAUUUGUCAAAUAAAAUCAUGAUCUUAUUGUUAAAAUCAAUGAAAUAUUUUCCUUAAAUAUGUGAUUUCAGACGAUUCCUUUUUAAAAUCAUUUGUGUUUAUUCUUCAUAAGGACUUUGUUUUAGAAAGUUGUUUAUAGCUUUGGACCUUUUUAGUGUUAAUCUAUGACACAUUGCUACACUGGGUACCUUUGAAAGAAUCUCAAAUUAAAAAAAAAAAAAAGAAAGAAAGAAACAAAAAAAACAAAAAAAACAACCACAUAGCAUGAUUGAAGAUAUAUCUCUGUCAGAACAUUGGUAUCCUUUUUGUGCCAUUUUAUUUUGUUUAAUCAGUGCUGUUUUGAUAUCAUUUGCUAAUUGGCAGGUAAUCACGAAAAUGUAAGUUGCCAAGAGCUCUGGUAUUUUUUAAAAAGAAAUUUUUUUGUAAAGAUCAAACAACACACUAUCUUUUCAAUGAAAAAAG